GUGGAGUGGGGUUUCCUCAGGUGUUUGGCUCCAGUCAUGGCCGGGAGCUCAGAGAAAGUACCGAUCGCCGCGGCGGGACCAGAGGACCUGCAGCAGUUUAUGCCUCCGGCCUACUCCGCCGUGGCGGUCAAGCCCGCCGCCACCGGCCGCCUCCUGAAGGCCGGGAUCGCGGUGCUCAUCGCCGGGGCCCUGCUGCUUCUGCUGGGGGCAGUUGGUGCUUUCUACUUCUGGAACAACAAUGAAAAACACGUCUACAAUGUCCACUACAGCAUGAGCAUCAAUGGCAAAGUGGAGGAGGGUUCAAUGGAGAUCGACACGACCAAUAACAUGGAGCGAUUCAGCACGGGCAGCGGGGCGGACGAGGCCGUGGAGGUCCACGACUUUGAGAUUGGGAUCACAGGGAUUCGUUUUUCAGGAGGAGAGAAGUGCUACAUCAAGACCCAGGUGAAGGCUCGUCUGCCUGACGUGGAGGCUCUCAACAAGGACUCCAUGACGUUCGAUCUGGAGGACGAGGUGAUGCCGGCCAAGUUUGAGGACGACCUGAUCUGGGUGGCUGCAGACACGCCGCUGUCGGACUCCGCCUUCCUCAGCAACAAGAUCAAGGACUUGUGCGGAGACCUGCCAAUCUUUUGGCUCCGUCCCACCUACUCCACCAGCGGACAGAGGAAGAGGAGGGCCGCCCCCCGCCAGCGCCGCCAGGCAGCCGGAGCCGGGGAGGAAGAAGAGGAGGACGUGGAGGCAGAGUUCAACCCGGAGAACCCCUAUCAGAGAGGUCUCGAGGGCGAGGAGGGCAACAUGAACAUCGACCCCAUGCUGGACCACCAGGGCGUGUGCUGCGCCGAGUGCCGCCGCAGCUACACCCACUGCCAGAGGAUCUGCGAGCCGCUGGGGGGCUACUACCCGUGGCCCUACCACUACAGAGGCUGCAGGGUGGCCUGUAGAGUUAUCAUGCCCUGCAACUGGUGGGUGGCACGCAUCCUGGGUCUAGUGUAGACACCCUUUCCCACCCCACACAAACACACACACACACACACACACACACACACACACACACCUGGGAGACGGUGUCCAGAGGAGGUGGAGUCCAGAGUUGAGGAAACAAGGCAGGGAGGGAGGUACGGGGAUCCAGGGGAGGAGGGGAGAUGAAGGGGAAAAGUUUAGCUUCUCAUUUACUUUAGAUACCUGUUGGCCUGAGCAGAGCUGUAGAAAACGAACAGCAUCAGUAACAGUGUCCAUACAUUAUAAAUGCAUGGUGCAGAAUCUAGGACACGCACACACAUGUUAAGGUACGCAGUCUCUGCACACUGCACAGCUUCUCUUAUUAAAAAAACAUACCUGCUUUCCAUUUAGAUCCUUCUGAACUACAGCACGACUCGCUGUGAAGAGAACAUACAGUAGGUCAUGAUACAAACAUCCCACACACCUGUUUCCCAUCACAUGCAUUAACACCUGACACCAGGGUUGAAUUACAUGCAUGACACCACAAGUUUAUCUGUGGGAAAAGCAGGUAAGAUUGUAUUUAUAGAGCCGACCUCUUCUUUCAUCCUUUGCUUUUUCGAUGUAAAUAAAUGUAUAGGGCGCGUAGUAUUUCCAUAGCAGUCAGCUGGCUUAAAUAGCAUCUGUUUGUUUUACUUUUCAUCACUCUAGUGAGAAAUAUUUUUGACUCCUGUGUUUUUAACUCCUUCCUUAUUUGGUCUUCAUGAGUAUCUCUCAUUAAAACAAUGUACUGUACGCUUCCUCUCAGAAACUUUCAUCCAAAUGUAUUUUUAUCUGCAUUGAAGAAGCUCUCAAAGUGCAAUAUCACUGAAUAAACUUUUUUAAGUAAAGUUUGAAGUCU